GAGAGAGAGAGAGAGAGAGAGAGAGAGAGAGAGAUGCGUCAAGCUUCAAAAAAGCUAAGGUAAUGUUAUGUGAUGUGCUUUUGAAAGGAAUAGAGAGCUAUGAGAGAGCACAUAUAUACAACAACAAUUUUUAUUAAUUACACUUCAUCUUAAUCUCUUGGGAUUUGUAAGAGAAACUCUUCAAAAAUCAUCAUUCUUUUUCAUCUUUCUUUACACACAAACACACAUACACACACAUAUAUAAUACAGAGAUCAGGUAUAAUAAAUACUUAUAUAUAUAGCAUCAUCAACUCUCAUACAUAUAUGGACUCUGCUAAUCUCCAUCAGCUUCAAGAUCAAUUACAGCUUGUGGGGUCUUCUUCAUCUUCUUCUUCCUUAGACAAUAACUCUGACCCUUCUUGCUAUGGAGCUUCAUCUGCCCAUCAAUGGAGCCCAGGAGGUAUUUCUUUGAAUAGUGUGAGCUUGAGUCAUAAUUAUAACAAUGAGAUGUUAAACACAAGAGCUCACAACAACAACAACAACAACAACACAAGUGAAUGUAUGAGUCUCUCCAGCAUCCACAAUCACUCCUUGAUCCAACAACAAGACUUUCCUUUACAAUGGCCUCAUGACCAAUCUUCAUAUCAACAUCAUGAAGGACUUCUCAAGAUCAAAGAAGAGCUUUCCUCAUCAACUAUCUCAGACCAUCAAGAAGGCAUAUCCAAGUUCACAGACAUGUUAAAUAGUCCAGUGAUAACAAACUAUUUGAAGAUCAAUGAACAUAAGGACUACACUGAGAAGCUUCUUCUCAAGAGUAUGUCUUCUGGAUUCCCGAUCAAUGGAGACUAUGGUAGCAGCCUUCCCUCUUCUUCUUCUUCCUCUUCACCUUCGUCUCAGUCGCAUAGAGGCAACUUCAGUCAGAUUUACCCAAGCGUAAACAUAUCGAGUUUGAGCGAAUCUCGGAAGAUGAGCAUGGACGACAUGAGUAACAUCUCAAGACCAUUUGAUAUAAACAUGCAGGUUUUUGAUGGAAGAUUGUUUGAAGGAAAUGUAUUAGUUCCUCCUUUUAACGCUCAAGAGAUUAGUAGUCUUGGGAUGAGCAGAGGAAGCCUUCCUUCUUUUGGCCUCCCUUUUCAUCAUCAUCUGCAGCAAACACUUCCCCACCUUUCUUCUUCCCCUACUCAUCAAAUGGAAAUGUUCAGCAAUGAACCUCAAACAAGUGAAGGGAAGAGGCAUAACUUCUUGAUGGCAACAAAAGCAGGAGAAAAUGCUUCCAAGAAACCGCGCGUGGAAUCACGCUCCUCUUGCCCACCCUUCAAGGUGAGGAAAGAAAAGUUAGGAGACAGAAUAGCAGCUCUGCAGCAGUUGGUUUCACCCUUUGGGAAGACAGAUACAGCAUCUGUGUUAAUGGAAGCAAUUGGAUACAUCAAAUUCCUACAGAGCCAGAUCGAGACUUUAAGCGUCCCCUACAUGAGAGCAUCUAGGAACCGACCCGGAAAAGCCUCCCAGCUGGUCUCACAAUCACAAGAAGGGGAUGAGGAAGAGACGAGAGAUCUUAGAAGCCGUGGGCUAUGUCUAGUGCCGUUAUCAUGCAUGACUUAUGUUACCGGAGAUGGUGGGGAUGGAGGAGGCGGUGUUGGUACUGGUUUUUGGCCAACGCCACCUGGUUUUGGUGGCGGAACUUAGCCGUGGACUUAACAAACCGUAGGACUAUGAUGAGUACAUUUAUCGGACUUGGAGGUAGAGAAUAAGAAGAAAUGUUAAAGGUGGAGUAUUAGUUCUUUAAUCUCUUUUGGUUUUGGUUUAUUAAUUGAAAUUUUCGGUUUUGAUAGUGGAGCAAAGUUGGUCGUCCUGAUUAGAAAGAAGUGUUACAGGAUAGACCAGCUUUGAUCCAUUUAAGAUUAGUAGUGAGACUUGACGAUAUGUUUCUACUUACAUGAUGGGCUGUGGGGGCUACAUAAAAUAUCAAAUAGCUUUGGAUUAUUUUGUUAAAUCUCUUUUGUAGAUAAUGUGUCAAUAUCUUUAAUAAAUGUAUUCCUUAAAAAUAAAAAACAUAUGAAAAUAUUUCGCCAUGUAGUAAGAGGACU